UUCCAAUCGCGAGGCGGUGCAUUGAACGCGUUUACUAGUACCAGAGUCACACCAGUUUCAGUUUUAUUUUUGGUUUGGUUAUAAAGCUAUAAAAAGAAAAAAACAAACAAAGAACGACAACAUUUAGGGAACUUAUUUGAUACACUUUCUCAGUCAAGACGUAGAUAAUAUUAAACGAAAAAAAACUAUCGCAGAAUACAGAGAAAAAUUGUGCAUUCAAAAUAUAGGAGAAAACCGAAAGUUAUAAGCUGAACAUUGAAUAGAUAAUAAGAAAAAUCUUUAAAAUACAAACGAACAGGCUGAAAAUCAAGCAAAUUUAAGAAAACACCAUAACAGAUUCCAUACCAAAAUUAUUGGUGCAAAUUCACAGGACAUUUAAAGUAUACAGUCUAAGGGAUUAUGAAUAAUCGUGACAUAGCCAGACGUCUGUUACAGUCACCAAAAUAAAAAUUAGAGUUACUAGCCCUUGCUUAGAAAAAACCUAAAAGUAACAACAGGAUCUGACGAGUUUCUCCAUCAAUAUAACGUUUGGAAGAAGCAUUGUGGGAACACCGAACUCUUCAACGAUCAAAGUAAAACUAAAUAUUCAUUUGAAAAUAUACUAUAAUAUUAAGCUACGAUUUGAAGGAAGAUUCCUAGACGGAAGUAACGAACGCUUACGGAAGUGAUAAGACAUCCUUUAACUAAGCACAUCUAACAUCGAGAUGUUCUCAUCUAGAUCGAGCAAAAUGGUCACGCAGCUGCUAAUUUCUGUCUUGUAUCUCUCAGGGGUCUUUCUCGGUCUUGUCCAAAGCUUUGCUAUCACAGGUCAAGUGAAAGAAAACCAAGCCAGCUCACUACCAGAUGGUGGCAAUGGUCUCGGAGUGCUGAACAGAUCGAAACGAAGCGCGACCUUGUCUUCCCCGCGCUUAGAGAAACUCUUCGACACCUAUGUCAAUUUAAUCCAACUGAAUAAUCCUAAUCCCGGCAACGAAUACAACCGGAACGAUUCUCCCUCUGACAUGACCAUUGAUGGUAUCGUAAACUUGGACCGAGGAUCACGGUAUCGUGUUGACGAUGAUGACGAUACUAUGGAGACUACGAAAGGCCAAAAGUGGGCCUUGAAACGAGAUCUUCUGAAAGAAAGCAAUGCCGACAACAGCGUAGAUACUCUUGACGAUUCUACCAACGACUUGCUCGAUGCCGACCUCAUUCGAUUACUAACACACGACGACAGCACUGCAGACGAUAGCCAGACAUUAUACGCCAAGAGCAAACGCCAACAGGGAUGGCACUUUCAGUAUGGAAAGAGAUCGAUUCCAGAGUAUCGAAGAUUGUAGUGGUAGCUUAAGCUAAGAAUACUUAGUUACUACCCAAAGAAAAACAAAAAAGAACGUUGCGAUCUAAGGCCAAAAGAUGUGUGGUUGUGCGCGCUUGCUUGUGAGUUUGAAUCGUCUGCUAAGUGCGUGCCUCUCUUUACUGGCUUCCUGUAAAUGCAACACAAGGGGAAGAGCUCAAUAAAAUUGCAAACGUGGUGGUUGGUAUUGAAUUCAUUUGUCUCCCUUUGUUUUUUUCUUUUCCCGUACAAAGUCUUCUCCCUUUUUAUUUCCGUGAACGAUUGUGUGGCCUCCAUUUUGUGUUUUAUUUUAUGAAUCACGUGAUCAACAGAAUGAAACUAUGAUUUGGAAACGUGAAGGUUGAGAGUUUUAAAAAAAGCCAAAGCGUGAAUGGUUUCAAAACGAAACAAAAAAUAUUAAAAUUUUACAAACUAAUAAAUUAUGCAUUGCAUUC